AUGGAAAAAAAAGAGUUCUUAGUCGUAGCAGGUGACUUCAAUGGCCACAUUGGAAAGGAUAUAGAUGGUUAUGAAGGAAUUCAUGGAGGUUUUAGUAUAGGUACACGAAAUAGAAAAGGAAGAAGGUUGCUGGAGUUCUGCGCAGAAUCAAAUUUAGUAGUGGGUAACACUUGGUUUAAAAAUAAAAGAAAGGCAACAUUUCAAUCCGGUGUUGCAGAAACUCAAAUCGACUUUAUGUUGGUAGAGAAUGAAUGGCGAAAAAAGAUCCAAAAUGUGAAGGUGAUUCCAGGGGAACUCCAACACAGCUUACUGGUAAUGGAUGUUGGAAAAUUGCAUAUACCAAAAAAGAAACAAGUGCUGCCAAAGAGGCUAAAAAUAUGGAAGUUGAGAGAUGUGAAAAUCCAACAGAAGUUUGCAGAAAAAAUGGAUGAAUUGUGGAUGAGUAGCUCAGAAAAGGAUCCAUGGCUAAAAUAUAAACUAUGUACUCUGAACGCAACCAAAGAAGUAUGUGGAGUGAGCAAAGGCAAGACACCUCAGGGUGAAACCUGGUAG